AAACGCAUGCGUGUUCAACUGUUUCCUUUGCUGUCGUCGUCUCGUCGGCUGCUGGAAAACUGCAGUGAUUCUGCCGCACAUUUCAGGCAGAUAAUUUCAGGAUAAUUUUAUUUCCUGUCCGCUCCGCUGGUCCUGUGCGUUAGGACCUGAGCGGGCUGAGAUGUUGACAUACCCAUCAGCAACUACUUUGGUGGUUUCCCUGUUUGUGGUGUACAUUCUGCACUGCGUGUGGAUUUUAUCUACUCUGUUUGUUCCACCGGAAUGUAAUGACAGCGAGCCAUGCCUCCGCUCAUCUCUGUUGUCCAAAAAUAGAUUAAUGAUUGUGGGUUUUCUAACAGACAAAAAUGUACGUCUCUACCCACAACAAGAACCAAUAUGGAGAGAAAAUCUCCAAUUUGACAAACCUUCCGAAUGGACAAAGCCAGUCAAGGUCCCAGCUAAUGUUAAAAAGAAUGGCACCGUAUAUGUAGCAGUGUUUGUGCUGCCAUCCAGAACAGGCCUUGUGAAUGGCGAAACCAUAAUGAACGAGGCAGAGAAGAGCGCAGCUCGAAUCAGACUGACACAAUUUCAUGUUCCUGCACCUGAAACAUACAACCUUCUUGGAUCAGAGACUGUAGGAAAACCUGGUGACAAAAGUAAGGUCCCUGAUGCUUCUGUUAAAAAAGUCAAAGUUAAUCAUAUGAAAAAAAGGAUUGCUGUGAAUAUGAUGGCUACCCAUGUCAAUUUACCAAAGUUCAGUCUACCCCCAGAAAUGCGACACAUGUUUUUAGUCAAUUCUCGAUUGGAGUAUUUGCCACCUCUUCAACACAACUUUAUGGCAACCCGCCUAAAAGACCUUGAGGAAAUAACUCCUGAGAAAGACAGCAUAGACAUUACUUUAUCAUACUCACCAACUUCAUUUGGGAAAAUGAGAUUCCUGCUUCACAUGGAAACUUCUAUGAUAUCAUUGAAGAGCAUGGGAUUUUCAGAUAAGGAUUUAGAUGACAUUAAAGGCAUAUUUGAGGAUACAAAUAUGAUACUACUUCUUAUCACUGUUGUUGUUGCAUCUCUUCAUCUUAUAUUAGAUUUUCUAGCCCUGAGGCAUGAUAUUAACUACUGGAAAACGAGGACUGACCUUAGUGGAGUUUCUGGGAGGUCUGUACUGUGGCGUGCAUUCAGUCAGGCUGUGGUGUUUCUUUACCUAUUUGAUGAAAAGACAUCCCUUCUGGUGUUGGUUCCCUCUGGAUUGAAUACAUUACUCGAGUUCUGGAAGGCUAAAAAGGUUAUAACAAUUGUUCCUCAAAGGAGGUGGGGCAUACCUUUGUACUCUGUGCAUUUGAAGCGGUCAUCUCAAGGAGAGGAACUCACUCAGAAGCUUGAUGCUGAAGCUAUGAAGUAUCUUAUGUAUCUUCUGUAUCCUCUUUGCAUUGUUGGUGCAGCCUACUCACUUAUUUAUGAGCCACACAAAGGGUGGUAUUCGUGGACGAUCAAUAGUCUGGUCAAUGGAGUUUAUGCAUUUGGAUUCCUUUUCAUGCUGCCACAAUUGUUCAUAAACUAUCGAUUGAAAUCAGUGGCUCAUAUUCCGUGGCGAUCAUUUAUGUACAAGGCAAUCAACACAUUUAUUGAUGACAUAUUUGCAUUCAUCAUAACAAUGCCAACAUCACAUAGAGUUGCAUGCUUCAGGGAUGAUAUUGUCUUCCUUAUAUACCUCUACCAGCGCUGGCUUUAUCCUGUGGAUCAGUCUCGUCUCGAAGAGGGGACUGUAAGAGAUUUGGCAGAACCACAGCAAAGUGAACAGGCGGUAAUCAGUGGAAACCAGAUUGCUGAAAAUAAAGAGGAAAACAGAAUAGGUGAAAGUCAGAGCUCUAAACCUACUGAUGCACAUGGUAAAGAGGUGAAAGACAAAAAGAAUGAUUAAGGACUUUUUGGACGGUUCACUAAAAGGAACUCUGCCAUUUUGGUCACGAGGAUCUCUAGUUCUUGCCUUAUGAGGGCUGUGCAAGAUCUCAAAAGAAAUAAGAUGCAAUACACAUUUAUUUGUACGGCCAUUCCAAAGUUUCUAGAUUUUCAGUUCAAUUUUUCUGACAUUUAUAAUUUUUGUAAUUACAUUAAUUUACCUUUAAUAAUUUCCCAUUAGAACAAGCUAUUUAUUCAACCUCACGGAGUAUAUAAAUAUUGAAGUUCAAGCUCAUGAUUUGAAAGGUUUUAGAAACCUCACAAUCUUGUUUGAACAAAUUUGCACUGUGUUCUUCUUGUGAUACCUGGUGUUCUUGUUUCUAUGAGACACUUUAUUUAUGUUGUGGGCAUAACCUUACAAGACUUUGCCCUUUAUUGUUAAAAGAAUCCUUCCAUUGUCUUUGUAAAAUAGUGAUAACAUCAUUUGCAUUCCAUGUAUUUCAGAUUAUGGUUUAAUGUUAAGUUGUGUUUUUUAAUUCUACAUGAAAGUGUUGUUAAAUUGUUUUCUUCUCCAAAUUGUACUUCUAUUUGUAGUUUACUGUUAAACUAUUUGUUUUUCAAUUUUAUCAAUUGAUUUUUGACUAAAUGUUCAUACUGGCACCCUAAGUGUCUUGUGGUAUAUUUGAUUUUCCUUGUUGAAUUAUAUUAUCAGAGUAGCUGCA